CCGCGAUUGAUUGGGCCGAUCCAAAAAAACACCACGAACUGAAAGGCAAGCUGAGGGCCGCUACCCUGGUGUUUGCUCCGGCGAGGCAGCUUCGUCUGGCACCUCGGGCUUAUCGCAUGGCCCCAUCUUCUUCUUCCAAUAGAUCGAGCGACAAGAGUAGAAAGGCAGACGACGAUGAUUUUGUAGUCGUGGCCUCUGCCGUUCGCAGCGCAUCGACCAAGGCAUCGACGACGGCCUCUGAAGGCUCCAGCGUCAAAAAGCGCAAGACUGACGACCACCUUGGCAGUAAGACCCAAUCACUCUUCCCACUAUUCAACAAGAAAAUGUCAGCGACUGUGGACCCUGAGGCGUCGUCAUCAUCGUCGGACCCUCAGCAGGGCGCCUUCGUGUGGCUCGCCCCCCUUGGGCCUUCCAGCAGACCAAGCUGCCUCCGAGCCAGCCUCGGGCGACCCUUGCAGGAGCAGGUGGAGAGGCGCAAGGGCGUUCAGGGCCAGGAAAAAGUCAAAGUGGCUUGCUUCGACCUAGAUGGGUGCCUGGUCGUGCCGAGGAAUGGAAAGUCUUUUCCCUCCGCCACGGAUGAGUACGACUUCGAAGAGACGCGGUGGGGCGUCUUCAAGCGGGUAAAAGAAGAGUAUCAAAAAGGUGCCUGUAUCGCAAUCGUGUCGAACCAGAAACAGACGUCGCCGCAGUCGACGGCGCUCACACCUUCGUCUCGCCUCAAGACAUGGAAGAGCAAGUUGGCCCACAUCGCGCACGCCAUCGACUGCCCCAUGCUUGUCCUCGCGGCCCUGAGUGACGACGGCUUUCGCAAGCCGGGGCGGGCCAUGUGGGACAAGGGCAUCGUUGAUGCCUACGUCGAGGUGGGUGGGCAAAGGGAAGACAUUGAAGUGACCCCAGGCGGACAGGUCCAAGACGAGGUCUCGUACUUUGUCGGCGAUGCGGCGGGCAGGCCACAAGACCACAACGACACGGACCGAAAGUGGGCCACCAACGUCGGCAUACCCUUCUACACGCCCGAAGAGUUCUUUGACGGCAAACGGCCUCAGCAGUACAAAAUCACAGGCUGGAAACCCCCCGCGGAUCUCGUCAGCACGGUCGGGGAGGAUAUCGUCAGCAAGACCUUGCUUCCGUCAGACAAGACCAAGCCAGACAUUGUCGUUUUUGUUGGUCCACCGGCUUCAGGCAAGACGAGCUACUUUCGUCGGCACUUUCAACCCCACGGGUAUGCCUGGGUCAACCAGGACAAGCUCAAGACUGCGGCAAAGUGCCAGCAGGCUGUCAAGGACUACCUGCAGCAGGGCGAGUCCGUCGUCAUUGACAACACGAACAGAAACGUGACGACCAGAGCGCCUUACAUUGCCAUUGCCAAGGAGUUGGGCGCCCAAGUCAGAUGCGUCCACUUCGACGUCGUCAAGGACCUGGCGUGGCACAACAAUCUCUUCCGCGCCCGAGCCGGCUUGCAGAACGAAGAGGAUGCUCGGAGCCUGGUGCCCAAGUUGGCCUUUGACAGCUACUAUGCCAACCUCGAGGCUCCCAAGCGAAGCGAGGGCUUUGACGCAGACAUCGUCCUUGUCCCCUGGGCCUUUGAUGCAGAAGCAGACGCCGAGACAAAGAGGCGGUGGCUCUGCUUGUGGGACUAG